AUGGAACAAAGUAUAACUACAGCAGAAAAUACACGUAUCAGUGAAGAUAGUGAAAUAAGCGAGAAAGACAGACAGUGGCAGAGAGAGCAUGAGAAAAUUUUGUCGGACAGAGAACGAGAAAAACGCGAGUGGGAAAGAGAAAGAGUGGAGAAAGAAAAAGAGUUUAGAUUGAGGGAGCAGGAAUUAGAGUUAAGAAAAUUGGAAUUAGAAGUUCAAGCAAACGGGCAAAAUCUUAGAGUUAGUUCGGGUCAUAAAUUUGACGUUACCAAGCAUGUCCGAAUGGUUCCACCCUUCCAGGAACGGGAAGUCGACCAAUAUUUCCUACAUUUCGAAAAAAAUGCCACAAAUUGUGAGUGGCCAAAAGACCGCUGGACGAUGCUGUUACAAAGUGUAUUACUUGGUAAAGCUCGUGAAAUCUCUUCGCAACUUUCGGUAGAAUUAUCAGCGAAUUAUGAUACGGUAAAGGAACUUAUCCUUAAUGGCUACAAGUUGGUUCCAGAGGCAUACCGCCAAAAGUUUCGAAGCUUCGAAAAAACUGACCACAAAACAUAUGUUCAAUUCGCUCAAGUAAAGGAACAGUUGUUUGACCGAUGGUGCUAA